CCUCUAUUCCACUGCAUCUAACGGCUGGAACAUGCUAGAUAAUGUCUGGAAAAGCAAUUGCCAGGGAUGUAAACAGUUGCAAUGCCGUUAUUAAGGGACUAAGUGACAAUAUAUAUGAAUUGCGUGAGCUGACUGUGAUCGAGCUGAAAGUUGUUGAGCGGACCGCGGGAUGCACCGUCGUAGGUGUGUGAAACCGCAGCGUAUCUUCCGGUUGAUUGGUGGCUUGCUGCUGUGCACUUGGCAACCGGAGGUUGUGUAUAGGCUACUAGAAAUACGGUGGGAAAGCGAGAGAAAAAACAAACGAAGAUUUGUAUAAAAUAUCCUUGCUAAAAUACAUUGUAAACGUUCUCAUCUGCUGGCGAACCUGCGGAUUACAUUCGCAAUUUAUGUGACGUUAUUUGUAGGGAUAAACAGACUCUCUCUCUCCACCUGUCCUGACAGACUGUCGCCAUGACAGCAGAGGAGACCAUUAACAUCAAAGAGGUGGAGGUGAUCAAGCUGAUGCUGGACUUCCUCAACUCCAGGAAGCUUCACAUCAGCAUGCUGUCUCUGGAGAAGGAGAGUGGCGUCAUUAAUGGCCUUUACUCUGACGACAUGCUCUUCCUCAGGCAGCUGAUUCUAGAUGGCCAAUGGGAAGAGGUCCUACAAUUCAUUCAGCCUUUAGAAGGCAUGGAGAAGUUUGACAAAAAGAGGUUCCGCUACAUCGUCCUGAAACAAACAUUUCUGGAGGCCCUGUGUGUAAAUAACGCCAUGUCAGCUGCUGACGACCCUCAGAACCUGGAGCUGUCCAUGCAAGAGGCGGUCAGAUGUCUCCACAGCCUGGAGGGGUUCUGUCCCUCUAAAGAGGACUACAGUAAACUAUGCCUGCUCCUCACGCUGCCCUGCCUCACCCAACAUGCUGAGUUCAAGGACUGGAACCCCAGCACGGCCCGGGUGCACUGCUUCGAGGAGGCCUGCGCCAUGGUGGCCGAGUUCAUCCCUGCCGACAGGAAGCUGAGCGAGGCUGGGUUCAGGGCCAGCGGCAACCGCCUCUUCCAGCUGCUCAUCAAAGGAGUUUUGUACGAGUGCUGUGUGGAGUUCUGUCAGAGCAAAGCCACGGGGGAGGAGAUCACGGAGGACGAGGUGCUCUUGGGCGUGGACAUGCUGUGUGGCAAUGGCUGCGACGAACUCGACCUCUCCCUGCUUUCGUGGCUCCAGAACCUCUCGCCAGGCGCCUUCUCCUGCGCCUUUCAGCAGAAGACCCUGGCCAUCCACGUGGAUCGCCUGGUCAAGCCCACCAAGGCCGGCCACGCCGACCUGCUCACCCCCCUCAUCAGCCGGCUUUCCCCCUGUCCCUCUUCGCCCCUGCAGAGGCCCCAGUCGGCAGACACCUACAUGUCUCGGUCCCUGAACCCGGUGCUGGACGGGCUGUCCCAUGGCCUGGCGGCCCAGGCCCAGAACAAGAGGGGCACGGAGGGCAGCGUGAGACCGGCGCUCAGCCAAAGCAUGGUGGAGAAUAACGUGCACCAGCUGGACGACGACUCGCCAGAAAGGAUUGUCCCACCGGUUCUGGUUCUGGCCUCCAGUGGACCAAAUGUCAUGCGCACCCCUCUGGCCCCCGGGGCGGACGGUGGGCCGCCAAACGAAAAAGAGCACGACGGUGAGCAGAUCCAGGAGUACUACAGACAGAAGAAGCGUGUUCAGCAGCACUUGGAGCAGAAGCAGCAGCAGAGACAGCUGUACCAGCAGAUGCUGCUGGAGGGAGGGGUUCACACACAGGAGGGGCCAGAUGCCCAGCAUAACCUCACUGAGAAGUUCCUCAACAGGUUAGAGACAACACACACACACACCUGGAGGGAGGGGUUCACACACAGGAGGGGCCAGAUGCCCAGCAUAACCUCACUGAGAAGUUCCUCAACAGGUUAGAGAAACACACACACACACCUGGAGGGAGGGGUUCACACACAGGAGGGGCCAGAUGCCCAGCAUAACCUCACUGAGAAGUUCCUCAACAGGUCCAUCCAGAAGCUGGAGGAGAUGAAUGUGGGAAUGGACAAUGUGGGAGAGGGGGGGGUCCAGUCUGUGAGCCAGCAGUGUAACGGGACCCCUGGACCCAACUCUAGUACCCACACCCAAGAGACAGGCCCUCUCAGGGACAAGCCGGGGGGGGUCAGCAGUACCCCUCUUAUGGCAGGGUCUCAGGGCAUGCCCUCCUUCAACGAGUCCCCUGUCCAGAACACUCAGAGAAACAGGGCCACUCUGCCUACUCUUCAGGAUGAUUCGGGCGGCUCCCCAAUGCGCAACAAUUCUCAGAAGAUGGAGAAGUCCAAGGCCCAGUUUGUGGCAGUGAACAGUCUGGAGGACACGCAGGCGUUGCGCGCUGUGGCCUUUCACCCCACGGGGGCGCUGUACGCCGUGGGCUCCAACUCCAAAACCCUGCGCGUCUGUGCUUACCCAGACUCCCUCAACACAAGUGGGUCAGGCCCAGUCAAGCAGCCGGUGGUGCGCUUCAGAAGGAACAAGCAUCACAAGGGUUCCAUCUACUGUGUGGCCUGGAGUCACUGUGGACAACUGCUGGCCACAGGCUCCAAUGAUAAAUAUGUCAAAGUGCUGCCCUUCAACGCAGAAACCUGCAAUGCCACAGGGCCAGACCUGGAGUUCAGUAUGCAUGACGGCACCAUCAGAGACCUGGCGUUCAUGGAGGGUCCUGAGAGUGGAGGAUCCAUCCUGAUCAGCGCCGGAGCCGGAGACUGUAACAUCUACACCACUGACUGUCAGAGAGGACAGGGGCUGCACGCUCUCAGUGGGCAUACAGGCCACAUCCUGUCUCUGUACACGUGGGGUGGCUGGAUGAUCGCCACGGGCUCCCAGGAUAAGACUGUCCGCUUCUGGGACCUGAGAGUCCCCAGCUGUGUGAGGGUGGUGGGGACAGCCCUGCAUGGCUCUGGCAGUGCAGUGGCCUCUGUAGCUGUUGACCCCAGCGCUCGUCUCUUGGCAACGGGACAAGAGGACUGCAGCUGCAUGCUCUAUGACAUCAGAGGAGGCCGGAUGGUGCAGACGUACCGCCCACACACCAGCGACCUGCGCUCUGUCCGUUUCUCUCCCGGGGCACACUAUCUGCUCACGGGUUCCUACGACAACAAAGUCAUCAUCACUGACCUGCAAGGUGACCUGACGAAGCAGCUUCCUCUGACGGUGGCGGCGGAGCACGGUGACAAGGUCAUCCAAUGUAGGUGGCACACGCACGACCUCUCCUUCCUGUCCUCCUCUGCAGACAGGACAGUCAAACUCUGGGCUCAGUGUCCAUGACACUGCUGGCUGGCACUGGGAACACUGGAAACCACAGCUCUUAAAUCUGGUGUUACUGGGAACACUAGCCACCACAACGAGCACAACACACAGUCCACAUCCGUGGACAUACCUGCCCCUUUACCCCUCCGCAAGGCUCUUAGAGGUGUGUGCUACAUGUAUAGUAAUGCUGUGUCAUUUAUUCUUUAGCAUCUGUGCCUCUUGCUAACAGUAGAGCUAUACAAAACCACCUUCAUUUGACUGUAAUGAUACGGCGACACCUCUAUAGUCCUGUUGAAAAUAAUAUACUCAUCAAAUGCAUCAUAGUCUACACUACGCUUAAAGCACACCACAGUCCCCCCUGUUGUUUUCAUAUCGUCCAGUUUUUAGUUAGCUGUUCUGACGGAUGCAGAAUGCCUUAUUUAGUCCAUUCAAACCACAUUAUGUGAAUCAUAUGGUGCCUUGGGUAAAAGCUUUUUGAAUUUUGAAUGUGCGGUGUACAUUUUCAGCUUCAAGAUGGAUGCAAGAAAGGAGGCCUUUCAUUUCUAGAGCUUUAUCUUGACAUGUUCUUAUUUAAUAACAGCUUGUAAAUGUUUUAGGAUUAAAAUCAUCUUGACAUAAAUUGUUGUUGGUAGUACUUAUGCCACUUAUCAAAGAUCUCAAACUUGGAAAUACAUGGCGUUCUUGAAGUAUAAGAUAAUUGUAUCAUAUGUUGUUGGAGGAUUGUGUUUGGAAUUUCAUCUGCGUGUGGAUUUUUGUAAAUGAAUUGUAUAAAUAUUUAAUGGGGGUAUCUUUUAUGUAAUAUUGUAACAAUUAUUGUUAAUGACAUUUUAAUGAACAGUAUUUCAGUUGAGCUGCAGCUUGCUUGGAUGGUAAAUGAUAAAGAGGGACCUUUUUAUGGUUGUUUUUUGGACAGCAAUUAUGACUGAUGGAAAAAGCACUUGCCCAUCUGUGAAUGGGAAUAUAUGGAGCGAUGUUAGUGCUAUCGGAAAUUAAAUACCGAUACAUUGUUUUUGGUGGCACUUAAUAUCAUCACGCCAUGGGAAUAUAUGGAGCGAUGUUAGUGCUAUCGGAAAUUAAAUACCGAUACAUUGUUUUUGGUGGCACUAAUAUCAUCACGCCAUGGGGAUAGGCAGGGGGUUUUAACUGUACUGUUAAAUGUGAAGCCUAAAGCUAAAAGGUUUUUAUAAACACACACAUAGGAAUACAUACUAGAGGAGAUGAACUUUGUCAUGUAGCGUAUUAAAUCAACACUGCACAUUUGGAGCACUUAGCUGUGUCAAAAGUAGGACGGUGUGUCAGUUUCAAUGCACAAGUAGUUCAAGGGUAUAAUAGUUAGUUUUUUUUUGGUGUACUUAAGAUCAAUUAAAUGCAACUACGACAUCAAAUUUUCUCUCUUGCAUUGAUUGCAGUUCAGUUAGUUGGUCACUUGACAUGUACACUGCCUUCAGAGAGUAUUCACACCCCUUGAAUAUGU